AUGUCAAAGCCUAUCUCCUUUGCCACUCUUUCCAACCUCAAGAUGUCAUAUUCUUACCUUUCUCGUGCCAGCAAAAUCGUUUGUAUCGGUCGUAACUAUGUUGCCCACAUCAAAGAAUUGAAUAACCAAAGGCCAGCUGAACCAUUCUUCUUUUUGAAGCCUCCAUCCUCGUUGCUUACCAACAACUCUGGCGAACCAAUCCUUAUCCCAAAGAAUGUUGUGGUGCAUCACGAAAUUGAAUUGGCCGCAGUUUUGAAUCGUGACUUGAAGAACUUGACCAUGGAUUCUUUUAGUGAUGCUGACGUGUUGGACUCUAUUGAAGGUUACGCUUUGGCGUUGGAUUUAACUGCCAGAUCCAUUCAAGACGUCAAUAAGGCCAAAGGCUUACCGUGGACUAUCGCUAAAGGAUUUGAUACCUUCUGUCCAAUUUCUGGGUUCAUUCCAAAAUCCAAGAUCCCAGAUCCUUACAACUGUAUGUUGACUUGUAAUGUCAACAACGAGUUGCGUCAACAUGAUUUGACGAGUUUGAUGAUCUUCAACUUGAAGAAGAUCUUGGUUUACAUGAGUGGUGUUAUGACUUUGAAAAAAGGGGAUAUUGUGUUGACUGGUACACCAAAGGGGGUUGGUCCAUUGAAACCAGGCGAUACCAUUGAUGGUCAUAUCACCAUUGAUGGGAAAAUUGUUGAAGAAAGUAUCAUCAAUUUCAAGUGUGAAGAGAAUCCAAGUCCUUUUGUCUUCCAAGCCCCAAAAUAA